AUGAGUGCAGCCGAUUCGCCAAGCCGUCACGUCACCGUCGUCGACGUUUAUGACUUGGCGUCUAUGAUUGGAAAGGAUUUUGAGCGAUUGAUGGAUCUAUGUGGCAUCGACAGUGUCGCCGAGCUUAUGCCUAAGGUUAUCUCCGCUCUCGAAUUGCUCGAGGCGUUUGCAAUAAGAAACGAACGAGAAAACCACGAAAUUCUGGUACUAAGAAACACGGUCGACCGCCUGGAAGCUGAUAAGCGACAGAAAAAAAUGGGAAAGCAAAAAUUUGAAGAGGAACUAGAGCAAGUUGAGGAACAUUAUAAAAACGAAAUCAACCAAGCUUGGGAAACCAUCCAGAAAUUGCAGGAAGAAAAUCGACGGCUCUCAACCUCUUUGGCUGCGCAUGAAGAUUCUCCUACUGAAAAAAUAUUUAGCGAAGAUCCAAAGGUAUUGUUUGAUCUUCGUGAAUCAGUCCAGCGUAGCCGCAAAGCAGCGCUGCUCCUUCAAAGGAGCUUGGAAGAAAAGGACGAUGAAAUCGACGAGCUUCAUCAAGAAAUCGAGAACCUGCAGCACAUAAGGAAAGAAUUAUUGCGGAAGUACAAUGCCCUGCAAAACCAGGGGCGUAUUCUGGUGGAGGAAAAAGUGGAACUAAUAUCGCAGCUGCAAAACGCAGAAAAAGAAAAGACCUUUUUGCAGCAGAAGCUGGACGAAAAGGAGCAAUCUGAAAAGGAUAUGGAAGAGAAGGACGACCUAAAGACAAUCGACGACGAAAAUGUUCCCCGUUUUACAUUGGCCGAACUGAGAGAAGUGCUCUUGGAGAAAAACCAGUUGAAGGCUCGGGUACUUGAACUUGAGGAGGAGUUGCAACAGCUUCGUCCACCUCCUCCAUCGGCGAUUCCGGAGGAAAAUGAAAGUGAAGAGCUAGUGGUUUAUGGGCCGAUAAACAAAGAACCGGAAGAAAAGCUGUAUCCCUGGAAGUACUCCAGAAAAGACUCUGGUAUUAAACGAUUGUAAGU